CACAGAGAGGUACAUUGGUUCUAGAAUGAACAAGCCAGUUCUAUGAGGUAGAUUCCAGCUAACAUAGCCUAGGGUUGUGAGGUGGGUUCUAGAAGGGUGAGUGGGGUAGGACAUGAAGGAAUUGUCCUACUGUUCCCUCACAACCUGGGGCCCCUGUGGGAGCCAUGUCCUACUUCAUGACACAGAAAGCUCAUUCGGGUCUCCUUACUCCUGGCCAAGGUGGGGCAGGCCCUCCAAACUCCUCUCUCAGCCUCUAUGGUCCCAUGGAGCCAGUGGUGGUAGCCCCUGGAGGGCCAGGUCUGCUAAGCCAGAAAGCUGAGCGUCAGGCAGCUCCCCAGUCCUGGGGUCACUCUCUACCUACACCAGAGCCUGGGAUCUGCCCAGGGGGGGCUGGCUGGGAGCCGCUUCGGCGGAAAGAGUAUCAUGGCAGAUACUGCAGAAAAUUUCCUCAUGUGAGGCAGCUUGAGAACCUGGGCUGGGAAGAUGGUUGCCCACGGGGCAGGGUCCCUCAGUUGGCUGGAGGGCAGAUGGGUAGCCUUGGGGGGCAUGGGCCACUGCUGCUCUGUGGGCUAUCUCCAGGGGCCCUGCUGAUGCCCAAAGAGGCAGGGGGCAAAGAGCCUGGUUCCCAGCCUGACAUCUGCAUUCUCACAUUGGCUAUGAUGAUUGCUGGCAUCCCUACUGUGCCUGUCCCAGGCCUGAGGGAAGAGGACAUGAUCCGGGCUGCCCAGGCCUUCAUGAUGGCCCAUCCAGAGCCUGAGGGGGCUACUGAGGGGAGGUGGGGUCAGGCCCAGUCUCACAUGAUGCUUGGCCAGGCCCCACUGGUGGGGCCCAGAAGGAGUCAGGGUCCUGGUUCCUGCUUGUAGCCAGAUGAAAUUGCACUAGACUCACUGGGUGGCUUCUCUGUAUGGUUAUUGGGCAGCUAGAUGGGGGACCCAUUUCUGCAGGGGAUGGUACAAUAUCUGGGGAGUAUAUGAUA